GUAAUACACCCGAAAGCUGUUUGUCAGCCGCCAUUAAACCAAGAGAAGAAGAAGAAGGAGGAGAAGGAGGAGCAGUGUAGAGUAAAGAUGGCGGAGCACAGCGGUUCCGGAACACAAACUUUGCUCUUGACUCGUGUCUAGAGGUCUGUCAGUCUCUCCGGUGAGGAUGGCUCACCGAUACCUGCGGCUGUCCGCCGGCUGCACGAGCAGCUUCCGGCUGCUGCUGGGGUCCAGCGCUGCAGUCCGACAGGUGACGUGUUCGGCCGCUGCAGGACAGGUGGAGAGGGGGCGGAGCCUGCUGAGUGACCUGCUGGGGGUUUACAGGAGGCUGAGCUCCAGACCACCUAAAGGUUUUGAGAAAUAUUUUCCAGGAAGUCAGAAAACUCCAAAAAACAGUGAAGCCGAAGCAGCAACCAAAGAGGCCAAUGCUCAGAGAUCUUCUGGGAAGACAUCAGGAGGUGGUGGUGGUGGUGGUGGUGGUGGAGGUGGAGGAGGAGGAGCUGGAGGUGGUGGUGGAGGAGGAGGAGAUGGAAAACGAGGAGGCCGUAAGGAGGAGUCCCACUGGUACAGCCGUCUGCAGAAGGGGGAUGUUCCCUGGGAUGAUAAAGAGUUUCGGAUGUACUUCCUGAGCGGAGCAGCGUUCUGGACCACCGUCACCUAUUUUUUCUUCUUCAGGGACGGAGGACGAGAGGUCACAUGGAAGGACUUUGUCAACAACUACCUGUCCAAAGCAGUGGUUGACCGGUUAGAGGUGGUCAACAAGCGGUACGUUAAAGUGUUCUUCGCUCCGGGGAAGACUCCGGUGGACGGGCAGUAUGUGUGGUUCAACAUUGGCAGUGUGGACACGUUUGAGAGGAAUCUGGAGACGGCUCAGUACGAGCUCGGCAUCGAGGGAGAGAACAGACUGCCGGUGGUUUAUUCCACCGAGAGUGAUGGCACCUUCCUACUGAGCAUGCUCCCCACGGUGCUCAUCAUUGGCUUCCUGCUGUUCAUGCUGCGGCGGGGCCCGGCGGGGGCGGGGCGUCCCGGCCGGGGGAUGGGCGGGUUGUUCAGCGUCAGCGAGACGACAGCGAAGAUACUGAAGGACGAGAUCGAUGUGAAGUUCAAAGACGUGGCGGGCUGCGAGGAGGCCAAGCUGGAGAUCAUGGAGUUCGUCAACUUCCUGAAGAACCCCAAACAGUACGAGGACCUGGGCGCCAAAAUCCCCAAGGGAGCCAUCCUGACGGGUCCUCCAGGAACAGGAAAGACUCUUUUGGCCAAAGCAACGGCCGGUGAGGCCAAUGUACCGUUUAUUACCGUCAACGGAUCUGAGUUCCUGGAGAUGUUUGUGGGCGUUGGCCCCGCCAGGGUGAGGAACACACACACACACUGUUUAACUGUCUCUAUUGUCUUUGUUAAUCAUUAUUUUAAGUGUCUGAAAUCACAACAGAAUGUCUCUAACGAGCCAAAAGCAGGUUUGAAUACAAUCAUUAAUAACUUGAUGGCAGAUCGAUUCCACUGAUUGGUCCGACAGGAAACAACACGGAAUAUUACUCUUGAUCUGCUUUGACCUCCACGAUCAACAGAUUAAUCUGACGUAUACAGCUCUGUUGUUCUUAAACACGUCAGCUGUCGGCUGUGGACUGAAGAGGACGUUGGAUUGAGGCGGACUCGUUGAUCUCCAGUGAUUGGUUGAUGGAGAUGGUAACAGAUUGUGAUGAAGCAAAAACCUUCACUACAGAGUCAACAUUUACAAAUGUCACCUGAUUGAGUUCAGUUUGGAAGUUUACUGACAAGGAAAAGAAAAUAAGUAAAUAUUUAAAUUCACAAAAACAUAAACGAUACAAUAGCUCUAUUACAUUAUAACUAGUGCUGGGCAACGAUUAACAUGAUUAAUCUCAUUGUUAUGCACAAAGUACAAUAAUGAAUUAUA